GAUGAUUUCCGACUUUUUAUUGUCACCGGUUAAAUUUUAUGAUGAAACAUGCUGUUCAAAUGACUAAAAUCGUGUCCUGGACAGAGAUUAUGUUUAAAAUUAAACUGAAUCGAGUUACGGAGGCAAGAGUCGCGUGACGGGGACAAACCGAAAGUCAGGACGACGAGAAAAAGCGCCGUCGCGGGUCAGUGGCGGAUGAGCUCGUAGAGUCGGCGCUGCGUGCGGAUCAGGUUCUCCUCCAGGGCGGACAGGCUCGUCUCCAGGGAGGACGCCAGGUGCCAGGGGGCGGACGCCGACUCCCUCGCGUCUGCCAGAUGCUCCUUCAUACUUCACAGGGUGCCGACCGUCAGUCGAAGAUCACGGCGAAGAAGUACAUCACAAGUUACUUUUUGGAGUUCAGCAGUACCCAUAAAAUGCCAGCAGGUGACAGCGUUGCCCUGCGAAUUACUUCCUUUUCCCUCCAACUUGUCAUCGUGAGGUGAGUGGUUUUACUUUAUUUCACUUCAUUAAACAUACAUCCAUUUUCAAUCUGCCACCUAAAUCCAUCCAAUUUCUUUGCCACUUAUCCUCACGAGGGUCGCGGGGAGUGCCGGAGCCUAUCCCAGCUGUCAACAGGCAGGAGGCGAGGUACACCUUGAAUUGGUCGCCACCCAAUCGCAGGGCACAUAGAUACAAGUAACCAAUCGCACUCACAAUCACACCUAGGGGCAAUUUAGAGUGUCCAAUUAAUGUUGCGUGUUUUUGGGAUGUGGGAGAAAACCCAUCAAGCAUGUCAGUGUAGAAUCGGAGAAGCCGUCACCUGGAAAGGAUUCCCCUGUCCUGGCCGUCUCUCCUUUUCUCCUCCAGGGACACGAAGACCUUCUCCAUGGCGUCCAGGGCCUCGGCCACGCUGCGGUGGUCCGAGAGGACUCCCUGCACCUCGUCCCUGGCCUGCCGCUGGUAGGAGAGCCCCCUUCCCCCACGCCGCAGGAGGAGGUCACGGCCUCCAGGGCGGCCCGGUUCUGCAGCACCAGGAGGCGAGAGCGGGCCAGCUCCUCCGGCCCGGCCGCGUUCUCCUCGCAGAUGGCGGACAUGGCCGACGGCAACCAGAAGUGCUGCGUGCAGUUCGCCGAGCCCGCGGGGCUCCCCGCUGCCGCCGCCGCCGUCGUCGUCGAUUCAGGGGGGCUGUCGGCGAGGAAGUGGUACACGGGAGGCCGGCCGGACCCCCACUCCUCGUCGCUCGGGCCCUCUUGCUCGCCAGAGACGUCUUCGGGCAGCGAACAGGCGCAGAAGCCCAGCAGGAGCCAGUGACAUCUAUCGGUGGCGCCUUGCUACUACGCCCACAGUUUCUUCGCCUGUCUGCGCAUGCGCCUCACUUCCGCCCCUCCCCCUGGCGAGCAGGCAGGCUCCGGUCUAGUGACGUCAGUCCCCCGGACUGCCUGUCGUCGGCCGGACCUCGGGACGAGGAGCAAAGCCAACCGAGCCGACCGAGCGCGCCGCCGUCGCCGGGAACGGGCUCGCCGCCUCCGGCCUUGCAGCGACGAUGGCCUCCGACGGCACGGACGAGCGCUCCCCGCUGCUGUCCACCCCCAACUCGGAGAACGUCACCCCCAACGCGCCGCCCUACCUGCACGCUCCCAGCCCUCGAGCGGAACUGCCGCCGCCGUACACGGCCAUCGCCAGCCCGGACGCGGGCGGCGUGCCCGUCAUCAACUGCCGCGUGUGCCAGUCGCUCAUCCACCUGGACGGCAAACUGCACCAGCACGUGGUGAAGUGCACGCUGUGCAACGAGGCCACCCCCAUCAAGAACCCGCCCGCUGGGAAGAAGUACGUGAGGUGCCCCUGCAACUGCCUGCUCAUCUGCAAAGACACUUCAAGGAGGAUAGGAUGCCCGCGACCCAAUUGCAGACGCAUCAUCAACCUGAGCCCGGUGAUGGUGAUCCCGGAGGAGCAACCGGCCCAGCCGGCGCUGCCCGUCCAGCCCGAGGGGAUGCGGGUGGUCUGCGGCCACUGCGGCAACACCUUCCUGUGGAUGGAGGUGCGCUUCAACACGUUGGCCAAGUGUCCCCACUGCAAAAAAAUCUCGUCCGUCGGCAGCGCGCUCCCGAGGCGGCGCUGUUGCGCUUACAUCACCGUCGGGAUGAUCUGCGUCUUCAUUGGCGUGGGAUUAACGGUGGGCACCCGAGACUUCGCCCGCCGCUACAACGCCACGUACGUGUCGUGGGCGCUGGCCUACCUGGUGGGCGUCAUCUGCCUGGUGCGGGCGUGCUACUGGGGCGCCAUCAAGGUCAGCUACCCGGAGAACAGCUUCGCUUAGGAAGCUCCGCCCCCCCGUUUGACCUUUUGAGCCUUUCCACCCCGUUUGUCUCUCCACUGGCCGAUGCAAUACGUAAUGGUUUUUUUUUUGUUGUUGUUUUUUGUUUUUUUAAGUCAAUGACCAAACUGAGACAAGCUCGUUGCACUACUUUUUUUUUUUUUUUUUUUUCGGAUCGUUUUGCUGCUAGCCAGCCGAAGGAAGCUGCGUGUCCAUUUACUGUACCGCGCGGGGGCGUCCUCACCAUUCAAAACGCGGCAUAUCGAAAAUCAGCGCAGAAUCUAUGACGCGCCAUUUUGUGGGGGAACUUGAAGCGGCCCCCAAACGCCGUUUUAAGUCGAGUUGCUCGACGGCUGCGAAAAAAAUCGAAGCGGACGUGAUUUUUCGUCGUAGGGAAGGACGGGCACGAAUCCGCCGUCCUCCCGUCGCGCUUGGAAACGCUGAGGCCGUCCGCCGUUUUGCGCCGAGUGUCGGGGCGCCCCUGCUAACGCUAACGUAACCACUACGCCGUACACUGAGGAAAUCGCGUAUCCGUGUAAGCUUUGAAAGUCCCAACCGUGCCAACGUGUGCCCUGCAGUAUUACCCGAGCGUCUCGCCAACAGGAGUCAUUUUUAUUAGCGUUGACACUGUUUUUUUGUUUUUGUUUUUUGCAAUACAGCAAGAAUGAAGUUAUUUUAUAGUUGUUUUUUUUUUUGUUUUGUUUUGUUUUGUUUUUUAACGCCGUCGUCCGUCUGCAUGUCGAUCGGUUCACGUGGCGUCACACGACACUCCCUCCUCCUGCCUGUGAUCAAUUUCAAAGAAUGUAAUCCGAAAUCGGCGCAACCGCCCCUGCUGGCCCGCCGUUUUUCUUUUGAGCGUCAGCUGGAGGGCGGCGACGCGGAAUGCCAGAAUGACUCUUUGUACAUAUCGCAGAGGGCAGAGCUUGGUUCUUUUUCAAAAUGAUUAUUUAUCAAUAAAAAGACAAAAACCGGA